AUGGAAACGGAAGCACCUCUCGAAGCUACAACAAAAAGUGAAUUCUUACCGGGCUUAACAUUUCAAACAACAGUUCCACCACCGUCAAAUGAUGAAGACCAAUCAGUGCCUUGUGUGAAAUGUGAAAAAGUCUUUAAAUUUCCCACAUCCCAGGAUGAUUAUUUGGCUCAUUUGUUUCUCGCACAUCGUUUGGUUAUAGCUGAUGUAGCGGAUAUUGCCUUGCUAGAAGAAUAUUUAAAAUUUUGGCGUAAAGAAUUUGAAAAUCAUCCAUUGGAAGAAUAUUGCACCACAAUGCUGCUGGAUCAGCUGCCCGAUGGAACACCAGCCAAAAAUGAGAAAUAUUAUCUGUUGAGUGAUGUACUGCCCAAAGAUUUUGAGCUGAGAGCUAACCUGAAGAAACAGCGGCUUGAAAAGGCAUUGGCCCAACAUCAAUUUGAGUUAACCGAUCGAACAUUUAGCCGGGAAUGUCUCUACUGUCGAGAUGUUAUCACUGGCUUGCGAUCGUCAUUUUUGGAACAUCUUUUUACGAAACAUUUCCUGCAAUUGGGAAAGCCAGAAAAUCUUAUAUACAUCGAUGAACUAUUGGCCAAGGUCCAGCAUAAUUUAGAGAAUCUAAUUUGUUUGUAUUGUGAGAAGGUAUUCAAAGAUCGGGUAACCCUGAAGGAACAUAUGCGUAAGAAGGCCCACAAGAGGAUAAAUCCAAAUAAUAAAACUUAUGAUAAAUACUUUUUGGAAAAUUAUAAAAUACCCGAUACCACAAAGGGCCAUAAUCAUCAGCAGCAGAAGAGGGUGCAGAAAAAACCCAAGGGUAGAGCAGGAGGAGAACAACAGCAGCCGGCGCAACAACAACGAAGUGCAAUCAAGGAUAAUUCACGAUCUUCAUCGCAGCAAGAAAUCGAAAGUGUGGAUUUUGAACGUUUUGCCCAUCACAGUGAAGAUUCCGAUUCGGAUUGGUCCGAUUGGAAUGGUGAGGGUGGUGUCCAACCCAUUACCUGUCUCUAUUGUCCACAAAAAGUUGAUGAUUUUCAAUUAUUCAAAAAACAUUUAUCACAAACGCAUAGUGUGGAUUUUGAUAAAUUACUGGAGGGUUUGAAUUUUUAUCAAAAAAUUAAAAUUGUCAACUAUGUUCGGCGGCAAAUGUGUCUGCUUCGAUGUGUCACUUGCGAUCAACGUUUUGAAAAUCAAGAUUUGCUACUGCAACACCUUCAAGAGGAGCAGCAUUUUGGUGUGGGCACACGCAAACAAUGGGAUAAACCUGAAUAUUUCUUUCCCACAUACGAGGAUGAUGGUCUACUGUGUACGCUGGAUGAUAAUCCCAACGAUGAUAUGGAUGAGACAGUGGUGCGUAUUAUAUCCGAAGAUCCUGUAGCACAAAUUAAUAAAGAUGCUGAGAAGCUAUCGUUGGAAAAUUUCAAUUUUUUGUAAGAAA